AUGGACGGUACUGAGGACCGAUCUCAUCAAUCUCGUUCACAAGACAAGGAACACCACAUAUCACAAGGACCAAAACACUUAUCUGUUCGCCCUUGGCAAGCUACGAUCUACGAAAUAGACGAAAAAAUGGACAAGGCAUUAUGCAUACUUGAGGACGAUAGAAAUCUUGGCAGGGCAGUGGCGAGUGAUUCAAAUAGAAACCUUCCAAUGUUUCCCGAAAUGCCAUUCUUGACGCUUGCAGAAUUUGAGGCAUUUGAUAGCGAAAUUUCUAAAGAUAAUUUUCAACUUAGAAAAUUUAUAGAAACUUUGAAGAAAAUCGGAGGUGACACUAUUAAAGAGGCUGCAAGAUUGGCAGUAAGAUUGAUUUUGACAGACCAAUUAUCUCAGGCAAUUUCGUGGACUGGGAGAUCUCUACGCGUAGGAAAUGAACUGGAGUUUAGAGCAAAAGUGACAGGACAAACUAUAAGGAGAUUGGUAUCAAUGGGAGAAUAA